CAUGGAAAGUCAGUCAUAUUUCAUCUUCUUCUUUCAUUGUUCCUGGACAAAAUCAACUGUGGACAUCAAGCAGCGCAAUCGCAUCCUGUAGUAAUUGUUGUUUCUCCUUUAAAUGCGCUGAUCAAAGAUCAGAUCAGAAGGCUCAAGGAAGGAAAUGUCAAUGCAGCUAUAUUAAACGUGAAGAACAAAACGAACUCGGAGGAUUUGGAAUUCGAUUUCAGAGAGGCGAACCUCUCACAGCUAAGAGAUGCGAAAUACGAAGUCAUCUUUACACAUCCCGAAGCCUUCAUAUCUUGCAAGCAAGGACUAGAGUUAUUCCAAACUGAGAAGUAUCAAAGGAAUGUUCACGCGAUUGUAAUUGAUGAAGCCCAUUGUAUUUUGGAAUGGUGAGUUUGGGAGUAAUUUACCAAUAGAAGCUCAGGAUGUAUCCUGAUGUAUUCAAGCCCAGUGCUCAUAAUUAUUUGUGAAAUUAUGUACAUGGAGUUAUUAGUUUUCAGUGUUGUCUUAAUUCGCACAGUAUGUGAUAUGGGUAAUUCUUUGCAUAGCAAAAACCUCGCUGAACUUCGCUUUUCUUUUCGUACAAGCGUGUGAAAUUUAAAGCAAUAAAUAUUUUACUGAAAAAGUACAUGGUAGAGUCCCAAAAUAUCCUUAAAUAAUAUUGCCUCUUUUCUUAUGUUUAUUAGGGGAGAUGAUUUCAGGAAAGAUUACUCCCAAUUGGCAAUGCUGUGUGCCACUUUUCCACAAGUGCCAGUUGUUGCAUUAACUGCAACAGCAAGCAAAGCAGAUGUCAAGGCAAUAAAGGAUUCCUUAGACAUGAAAAAACCAUUGGAAGUGAUAGGGGAUCCAAACAGAGCAAACAUUUUUUAUGAGAAGGUAUUUCGUAAAGGCGAUGACGUAGACUUCUUCGAAGAAUUACUGAAGCCUAUGGCAAGUGAAUUGAAAGAAGUUAAAUUAAAUUAUACUAUAGUUACAAUA